AUGGAAGUCGUCGUGGUGGUCUCCGAGGUGCUCGACGUCAUUGGCGGCCUGCAGAGAAAUUACUUGGGACGUCAGGAGCCACCGGAAAUCCAGUUGUUCUCGUAUGACCUCCCAGGGAGCGACUUCAAUUACGUUUUCCGGUCCCUGGGCGAGUACGAGCUGGGGAAGGUUGAGGAGGAGAAGGGGAAUCUGCAGGAGCCAUACUACGUGGUGGGAGUGCCCGGCUCCUUCCACGGCAGGCUGUUCCCAUCUCGGAGUGUCCACUUCUUUCCACUGUUCCAGCAGAUCUCAACAGGUUCUCUCAUGUUGCCCUCCUCUUACUCAUCUCAAUCGCCGCCUUUUCUUCCAUCUUGAUUCCAAUACAUGCAUCUUUAUUCACGUAAGAAAGAAACGAUGUCAAAAGAGUCUAAGUCCGAAGACUGACCCCAUCUGGAAGCUCUUCCUGGGAAGAACAGUGAGAGAAUGCUUUAAUAUCUGAUAUCACAUUGUAUCUAUCCAUCGAUCCAUUCUCGCUCUAGUGAUCCCAAAAUGUCAGGUUCCUCAAGGACUUGACACUGAACAGGGAGUCUCACUCAAUAAAAAGAAGGUCUACAUUGCAGAGACAAGCCCACCGGAGUGUCA